GUGUGUGUGUGUGUGUGUGUCUCUGUGUGUGUAUGUGUGUAGUCUCCUGGUUCUGGGUCUCAGGAACAUGGAGGGCUCCUCUGAUCCCACUAAGCUGGUGUCUCAGUUCCUGCUGAGGAAGACUCUGGUUCAGGUCCGACGAAGAAUCCUGCAGUGCUGCCGGCCCGGCGUCCCCGACAACAUCGUCAAGGCCUUCAGGUACCAGCAUGUGCUGUGGCCGAUGCCAGCGGUCUGCAGACGGGUCGACCCCACGGAGCAGCGCCCCCCGCUGGAGAGAGAGGAGGACGCCAUGCCGCCCUGGCUGCUGCGGAGCCUUCCCGUGAUCUACGCGGCCGUCACAGACUACAACCGGUCGCCAGGCUCCGCCCCCGAGGCCCCGCGGCCCCGCCACGGUCACAUGACCUCCUACAGCUUCCCCCCCGGCACCAGGUACCCCCCCCGCCUUCCCAAACAGCUGGACUUCAGACGAAUCGGCUUCCUGCUGCUGCAGAAGCCCCGCCCCCUCCCGACCCACAGCCCCCCCGACGCCGCCUUGGCCGUCUCCAUGACGACCACAGAGCAAAUCAGACGCCACUAUCAGACGCUGGUUGGCCUGAGGAAGAAGAGAAGAAGAAGAGGGAGGGCAUCUGCUGCGGCGCCGGAAGAAGCUCCGCCCCCAAACCCUGGAGGCCCCGCCCACUCAGAGGGCGAUGAUGUCAUGGUCCUCUCUGAGUCUUCGCCGAGCUCGACAGGAAGUGACGACUGCGAGGAGGCGGAGUCAGAGAGGGAACAGGAAGUGACGCUGUUGCCUUCGAGAGCAGCAGAAGAAGAAGAGGAGUCGGUCCUCCGGCUGCAGGAAUCAUCAGAUUAUGAAGAGGACCAGUCUGAGGAGGCUCAGGAUUAUCUGCUCCGAGUGUGUGAUGCGGUCCAGGGUUCCCCGGGCGUCUCUGACCAGCUGUUGCUGGUCCUGGAUCAGUUCUCUGGGCGCCGUGUGGCGGCCGAGCGUCUCUACGCCGCGCUGCGCCGACUGCUGCAGCCGUGGCCGCAACUGCUGCGAGACUUCGCCGCCUUCCUGACCCGCAGCCAGGCUCGCCGCUGUGGACUGCUGACGGAGCAGCAGCAGUUUGAACGCAGCCGUCGGUUUCUACGGCGACUGGCGAGGAGCCUGGGAGGAGGCUCCGCCCUCUACCAGCAGGUGGUGUCAGCGCUGCAGCGAGGCUCCACCCCCCCACCUGAGGAACUGCACCAGAUCUCGUCUCUGCUCAGACGGCACUCGGACCUGCAGCAGGAAUUCUGGGAGUUCUUCCAGCAGCUUCACGGCCGGCCGUCGCCCGCGGCAACCAACCACACAGAAUCAGACUACGCAUCCCAGAAUCCCCCUGACGGGAACAGGAAGGGACGCGAGCAGCGGGAAGAGCAGACAGGAAGUGACGGAGAGAGAGAGGAAGAGGAAAAGGAAGAGCAGCCGGUCGGAGCCCAAAAUAUCUCGUUGACCUCAACGGGAGAGAAAGUGGUCGUCUGGACACGGGAGGCAGACCGAACCAUCCUGACCUCCUGUCAGCAGCGAGGAGCCAAUCGGAAGACGUUUCGCCAAGUCUCCGCCCAGCUGGGAAACAAGACGGCCCAACAGGUGAGCCUUCGUUUCCACGACCUCAUGAACCUGUUCCACUCAGCCUUCCAAAAGCCCACUUCCUGUUCCUCAAAGGGCCCACCAAUCAGCAGAUAGGAAGCAGCCCUGGACUGGACGCAGGCAGCCAAUCGCAGAGCAGUCUGCAUUCAGCUCCAGAUGUGCAGCUGUGGGAUUGAACGUGCGGUUCUCCAGAGGGAGCACGUUGAUCUGAGUGUGAGACUAACGUUAGGUUGGAGCCUUCACCAGGAGCUGUGAACUGGACUGUCUAUUUAUGUUUCUA